AUGCUCUAUGGACGACCAGAAGCAAUCGUGCAGGCGGUUAUCAAGAAGAUACGAUCAUUGCCGUCGCCGAGCAUCGAGAAGUUGGAGACAGUGGUGAACUUUGCGCUGACAGUUGAGAAUUUGGUCGCUACCAUUCAAGCGUGUGAGGUUAGCGACUUCGUCUACAAUGCAUCGCUCCGAUACGAGUUAGUAGGGAGGCUGCCACCAACGUUGAAGCUGAGCUGGGCCAGGUUCUCAAGGAAUAACCCUACACCCAACCUAUUGGAUUUCAGUACGUGGCUGUACGAGACAGCAGAGGAUGCAAGUGCGGUCGUAGAUACCGUAUACAGCGAUCAACGGUUUCGCGGUACUAAGCGGGAUGGUUCGUUGAAUGUUCACUCGGAAAUAGACUCUAAGGAUUCGAAAACAGCCAACUCUCCACAGAAACCAACCAUCGUUGACAUCAAGAAGUGCGUGUCGUGCAAAGGGGAUUGUACGAUGCUGGCCGAAUGCAAACAGUUCGUGGCCUUAAGCUACGAUUCGAAGUGGGCGACAGUAAGAACUUACAAACUUUGUCGCAAAUGCCUACGUAAGCACAACGGGUCAUGUAAACAAGAAAAACCAUGCGGAAAGAACGGCUGUACAUAUCUGCACCAUCCUCUGCUUCACGGUUACGAAAACUCUAGAUCUGGCGAAUCUCCUACAGCAGCCGCCGUUUACGAGAAAAGCUGCAACGUGCACCAAGUGCAGUCGGAGAUCUUGUUCAGAGUAGUACCGGUCACUUUAUACGGUCCAUCGAAGGCAAUUCGAACCUACGCAUUCCUGGACGACGGCUCAGAACUCAUGCUUCUAGAACAGAGUUUAGCAGACGAGCUCGGGUUGAAGGGACCAAAGAAUCCACUGUGCCUGAAGUGGACAGGCGAAACCACCAAGAUCGAAAACAAAUCACAAAACGUUAAUCUUCAAAUCUCCAGCGUAACGAACCCGAUCAAAAGGUAUGACCUAUCCAGUGUGCGAACGAUUGGAAACUUACAGAUCCGACCACAGACUCUGCUUACCGCGGAGUUGAAGCAGAGAUACCAGCACCUCAUGGGACUACCGAUUGAGUCGUAUAACGAGGCCAAUCCGCGAAUCCUAAUCGGUCUGGAUAAUGCCAGUCUCGGAUAUGCAAUGAAGAGUCGCGAAGGACAGUUAAAUGAGCCGAUUGCAAUCAAAACACGUCUCGGCUGGAUUGUUUUCGGCAGUUGUGUGGGAGAGAAGAAUGCAGGGCACUACGUAAACUAUCAUGCGCUACAGAUUUGCCAGUGCAACAGAGAGACCGGUGAAGAUCUUCACGAACUCGUCAAAGGUUUUUUUGCCCUCGACAGCUUGGGAAUUUCUAAGCAAAGUAAACUACUUCUGUCACACGAGGAACAACGAGCACAGUCAAUGCUGGAAUCACUCACUCGGCCCGUAGACAGCCGUUUCGAAUCCGGGCUUCUAUGGAAGUACGAUUCGGUCCGACUUCCGGAUAGUGCAGCGAUGGCACUGCGAAGAUGGCGAUGCCUAGAUAACCGCAUGAAGAAGGAUCCACUUCUAGCGGGCGAAUUGAACGCGAAAAUCCAGGAUCAUAUCAACAAAGGCUACAUUCGCAAGUUGUCCGCGGACGAGCUGGAAGUAAACCGCGCACGAGUUUGGUACCUUCCGAUAUUUCCAAUCGUCAAUCCGAACAAGCCGGGCAAAACGAGACUCGUAUGGGAUGCAGCUGCCACCGCCUUUGGAAUUUCACUCCACUCAGUUCUGUUAAAAGACCCAGACCAACUGACAUCUCUUCUAUCUGUUCUGAUCCAGUUCCGGGAGUUUCGGACAGCGGUAUGCGGCGACAUCCGUGAGAUGUACCACCAAGUAAGGAUGCGGGAGGACGACCAUCAUUGCCAACGCUUCUUCUGGAAGGCCUGCGAGACAGAUAUCGACCCUAGCGUCUACGUAGUGCAGAACACAGCAGUUCACGCAAUCGUAAAGCAACACUACGUUGACGAUAUGCUUCUGAGUGUGGAAUCUGAGGAGGAAGCAAUACAAGUGGUUCGAGAAGUACAGACAGUGCACAGGUCAGCAGGCUUCGAAAUGCGGAACUGGAUCUCCAACUCACCCAGAGUUGUGGCAGCUAUGAAACAGGCUCCGAUGAGAAAAGUCUCAGUAUCGGCGACAAACACGUGUCAGAACGGGUUCUCGGAAUGUGGUGGAACACCUCAACAGACUGCUUCACAUAUAAAAUGUCACCGCGGACUCAUAGCACACUUCCUAAUGCAACUAAAAUCCUUGCUGCAAGAAAUCUGGAGAACUUCAGUCGGCUGUGAUGACCCCAUCGAUGAGUCGUUGUUUCAAAAGUGGUUGGCAUGGCUGACAGUGUUGCCGCAGGUAUCGUCUAUCGAAAUACCUCGAUGCUACCGAACACUCACAUCCGCGACGGACGGAACGGUGGUACAACUGCACACGUUCGUCGACGCAAGCGAGAACGUCUUUGCAGCUGCAGUGUAUUUGCGUUUUCAGGAAGGAGAAACCAUCGAAUGCAGACUGGCCGGAGCAAAGACGAGAGUCGCGCCGCUAAAGUUUCUCUCCAUUCCGAAGUCCGAACUGCAAGCCGCCGUGAUAGGCGUGAGAUUAGCGGGAACCAUUGCCAAAUCGCUAUCCGUCAAAAUCAAUCAACGUUUCUUCUGUACUGACUCCAGAGAUGUCCUCUGCUGGCUCAACUCGGAUCACCGUCGGUAUAGCCAAUUCGUGGCCUUCCGUGUUAGCGAGAUCCUGGAAACGACGAACGUCAACGAAUGGCAGUGGGUGCCAACGAAGCUGAACGUGGCAGACGAGGAAACCAAAUGGACACGAGCUCCAGAUAUGACUGCCUCUAGUCGAUGGUUUUGCGGUCCCAAUUUUCUCUGGCAACCGAGGGAAGCAUGGCCUGUUUCCCCGCACUCAUUUGGAUCGACUAAAGAGGAGUUGCGGCCUCAUCUUCUACUUCAUACCAUGCCGUUGGACCCAGUGGUUCAGCCACAUGAUUUCUCGGAAUGGUCUUCUCUACUGCGCCGAAUGGCUUAUGUGACCCGUUUCGUGGACAACCUGAGGCAAGCUAAGAUGAAAAAACCAAGGCAGAGUGGCCCUCUGACUCGUGACGAGCUAAGAAAAGCGGAAAAUUACCUGUUUCGUCUUGCACAGCGCAGUGCGUAUCCCGAUGAGAUAGUAGUCCUGAAUGAACCAUUAUCAACCACCCAGCAACGCAAGUUUAUAAAAAACAACAGUUCGCUACGCAAGAUGCUUAUCGUGUCCAACGCACACAAGCAGUUUAACCACCAGAACCAUGAGACGAUCAUCAACGAGCUUCGCCAGCGAUUCCGCAGUCCACGUCUGAAGGCAACGUACCGUGCGAUCCGGAAGGAGUGCCAACAGUGUAAAAAUAACCAGGCUGCCCCGCAACCACCUGCGAUGGCCGAUCUACCACUCGCUCGCCUGGCUGCCUUUGCUCGACCAUUUACGUACAUGGGGAUAGACUAUUUUGGCCCAAUGACGGUAUCCGUUGGACGACGCACAGAGAAACGUUGGGGGGUACUGGCAACAUGUCUUACCAUUCGCGCCGUACACUUAGAACUCGCUCACACACUGACGACAGAUUCCUGUAUGAUGGCUAUACGCAACAUCUUUGCUAGAAGUGGAGUUCCGGCAGUGAUCUACAGCGACCGUGGCACAAACUUCCAGGGCGCCAGUAAGGAGCUACAGCUAGCGCUACAGGAACUCGACGACGACCGGCUGAUGCGGGAGUUCACUACGGCUCGAACGGAAUGGACUUUCAAUCCGCCUGCCUCUCCCCACAUGGGGGGAGCAUGGGAGCGUCUGGUUCAGUCCGUGAAACGGAACCUAACUGUGCUGCAAUCGAAUACUACGCCAACUCACGAGCGUCCCGCUGGAGGAUGA